AUGUUCUCUAAAUAUGACAUACACAUUCCUACUGUAUCUAAGCUCAUGCUGUCUCCACCUAGAGAGCAGCCUGCCCUCACCCCGCCAUGCAAGAAAGGAUUAACCUUGUCCAAAGAAAGGUUUGGCCCUUGCCCCCAGAUCCUGGGAGAGAAGCCAGGCGGGGCAGGGAAGAGGCGGCCGCCGGCGAAAGCCUGCGUGCACUUCCUGGAGACGAGCCUGGAAGCCAAGAACACCUGUGUCCUGCUGUCGCAGAGCCGGCUGUUUGAGGAGCCCGAGCUGACCCAGCGCUGCUGGGAGGUCAUUGAAGAGCAGGCGGAGAUGGCCCUGCAGUCCGAGGGCAUCUGCGAGAUCGACUGGCAGACCCUGGAGGUUGUCGUCACCCAGGAGGCCCUCAACACCAAGGAGAUGGUGGUCUUCGAGGCUGUGCUCAACUGGGCUGAGGCUGAGGCCGAGUGCAAGCGGCAGAGUCUGCCCGCCACCCCACGCAACAAGAGGCACAUCCUGGGGCCGGCCCUCUACCUGGUCCGCAUUCCAACCAAGACCCUGGAGGAGUUUGCCAAUGGCGCUGCCCAGUCGGACAUCCUGAUGCUGGAGGAGACCCACAACAUCUUCCUGUGGUACACGGCGGCCAACAAGCCCCUGCUCAACUUCCCGCUGACCAAGAGGCGAGGCCUGACCCCGCAGAGGUGCCACCGCUUCCAGUCCUCGGCCUACCGCAGCAACCAGUGGUGCUACCGGGGGCGCUGCGACAGCAUCCAGUUUGCGGCAGACAGGAGGGUGUUUGUGGCGGUGGGCCUGUAUGGGUCCAGCUCCAGGAAAGCCGAGUACAGUGUGAAGAUGGAGCUCAAGCUCCUGGGGGUGGUCCUCGCCCAGAACCUGACCAGUCAGGAAAAAGAUAAAGAUGCCGUCUCAACUAUUGUGUUGCAAUUAAGCUAUGAAGUUAAACUAGACAAAGCAAUCUACAGUGUAAGAAGUGGAAGGGAAGAAAUAAAGUUAUUUCUAAAUACAGAUUAUACAAUUACAUUUCUGGAGACCCAUAGGAACCAAUGGGAAAAAAUUACUACAGGAAUGACCCGGGAAAAUCCCAGCGGAGACCAGGACGGCCGCUCUGGUUGGAUUUACGUCCCUGCCCACAGGAAGUUGGCAGAGGCCACUCAACUUGGAACCACCCUUUGGGGAUGUCUUGACAGCAGCACUCCUCAGCUUCUGCCUUGUUGGUGCAGUGACACCAAGUGGCCACACUCUGCAAGUGCAAGAGAGUAUCAGCAGAGUCCAGGGCAGGCCUGGGAGGACUCCUGCUGUAAAACUAUAUCCAGGAAUCUGUUGUCCCACGAAGAUCUGGAUCCCACGGUGGAGAACAAUAAAAGGAAAUUUGAAAUUGAAGCCAAAUAA